AUUAAAAGCUGCUCCUCCACUCUUUUCCUUUCUGAAGUAUCUAAGCCACUCUCUUUACCAGUGGACCGUCCUUCCGUCCAACAAAAUACAAGUCUACUCUCAAGCAUAACCAACGAUGGAGAGAAGGUACCUUUGGGCAGCAUUUGUAUUAGGGGCAAUUGUGUGUUCUCUAUUUCCUCUUCCUUCUGAAGGAUUAAAGCGAAUUAGCCUGAAAAAAAAACCCUUAGAUCUUCAAAGCAUAAGAGCUGCCAAAUUAGCUCAUCUGGAGAGCACACAUGGCACUGGUAGGAAAGAGAUGGACAACAAUUUAGGCAGUUCCAAUGAGGACAUAUUGCCUUUAAAGAAUUACCUGGAUGCCCAGUACUAUGGAGAGAUUGGAAUUGGCACUCCACCUCAGAAGUUCACAGUUAUAUUUGAUACAGGCAGUUCCAACCUCUGGGUUCCCUCGUCAAAAUGUUACUUCUCUAUUGCCUGCUGGCUCCACUCCAAGUACAAGGCAAAGAAGUCAAGUACUUAUACAGCCAUAGGGAAAUCUUGUUCAAUUCGUUAUGGUUCUGGAUCAAUCUCUGGAUUCUCCAGUCAAGAUAACGUUGAAGUUGGUGAUCUUGUUGUCAAAGAUCAAGUUUUUAUUGAAGCUUCACGAGAAGGAAGUCUUACAUUUGUAAUUGCCAAGUUUGACGGGAUACUUGGCCUUGGAUUCCAGGAAAUCGCUGUUGAUAACAUGGUGCCAGUCUGGUAUAAUAUGGUGGACCAAGGUCUCGUGGAUGAGCCAGUAUUCUCUUUCUGGCUUAACCGCGAUCCAAAUGCUGAAGACGGAGGUGAGCUUGUCUUUGGUGGUGUAGAUACAAAUCACUUCAAGGGAAAGCAUACAUAUGUUCCUGUAACUCAGAAGGGAUACUGGCAAUUUAAAAUGGGAGAUUUUCUCAUUGGGAACGUCUCAACAGGCUUUUGUGAAGGAGGUUGUGCUGCUAUUGUGGACUCUGGAACAUCGUUGCUCGCUGGUCCAACUACUGUUGUGACUCAAAUUAAUCAUGCCAUUGGAGCUGAAGGAGUAGUUAGCACUGAAUGUAAAGAAAUUGUUUCACAGUAUGGUGAACUGAUUUGGGAUCUCCUCGUAUCAGGGGUACUACCCGACAGAGUUUGUCAACAAGCUGGUUUAUGUCCCCUUCGCGGAGCUCAGCGUGAGAAUGCUUAUAUCAAGUCAGUCGUUGAUGAGGAGAACAAGGAGGAAGCUUCUGUUGGUGAAUCCCCGAUGUGUACUGCUUGUGAAAUGGCUGUUGUUUGGAUGCAAAACCAGCUGAAACAGCAGGGAACUAAGGAGAAAGUGCUCGCAUAUGUGAAUCAGCUUUGUGAAAGCAUACCAAGUCCCAUGGGAGAAUCCAUCAUUGACUGCAACAGUUUAUCCACCCUGCCAAAUGUUUCAUUCACCAUCGGAGGGAAAAGUUUUGAGCUAACCCCUAAGCAGUAUGUUCUUCAAACUGGAGAAGGCUUUGCUGAAGUCUGCAUCAGUGGAUUCAUGGCUAUGGAUGUGCCGCCGCCUCGUGGUCCCAUCUGGGUUCUGGGAGAUGUGUUCAUGGGAGUGUACCACACCGUGUUUGAUUAUGGUAAUCUCCGGAUGGGUUUCGCAAAAGCUGCUUAGACAAGACUAUUUAUUUCGUCUACUGUUUGACGGUCCUAAGAGAAGCUAUGAAGACAUGUAGUAGCUUGUAAAUUAGGAUUUUUAAUGAUGCCUGGCUGGCUGGCUUGUUUAAGGGUGGUUGUGCUUUUAAUAUUGGAUUUUUAUAUGUAAUGUAAAUAUCUAUGCGGAUAUGCUACCUUUGUUCUAGAGUUUCAAGGAAACUGCAGUUAGUAUCUACUUUGGUCGAGAAAUGGUGCCACUAUCUAUUACUCCUUCGGUUUCAA